AUGCUAAUGAACGAGCACUUCGGACCAAACAUCCGAGCACAAGAUUCAUAUGACGGACCGAAUGGAUGCCCACGGCGGAGGGGUCGACAGACUUACACAAGAUUCCAAACGCUAGAACUUGAAAAGGAAUUCCAUUUCAACCAUUAUUUGACGCGUAGACGCAGGAUAGAGAUCGCACACGCGCUCUGCCUCACAGAGAGGCAAAUAAAAAUAUGGUUUCAGAAUCGACGAAUGAAACUAAAGAAAGAAUUGAGAGCGGUGAAAGAAAUAAACGAGCAGGCUCGCAGAGAACGAGAGGAGCAGGAUAGGAUGAAACAGCAACAGCAAGAGAAACAGGCGAAGUUGGAGAGUCAGCACCACGGUCACCACGUGACACACCAUCACGAUCCCAUGAAAAUGCCCAUCGACAAGGGCGGAGAUAUCCUCAAAGUGAAUAAGGUACCGACGUAA